AUGGACAACCUUGGGCAUAGAGAAAAUGGCAGGCAAAGGCCUGACCAAUAUAAAGCGGUUCAUACUCAGUGGAUGAUGCCUCAAAGGCAGCUAAAAGACCAUCAUAGUAUGAAUCUCCUGGCACUGAUGAAUGAGAAGGACAGUGCCAUCCGAGAAAGAGACCAUGCUCUCGCUGAGAAGAAAGUUGCUAUAGCUGAGCAAGAUAUGGCAUUCGCUCAGCGGGAUGCUGCGAUGGCUGAGCGGAAUGCUGCAAUUGUGGAGAGGGACAAUGCCCUUGCUGCACUUGAACUCGCCCGUACAAAUGGGUUUAAUAUGAAUAAUGGGAAUGGAUUUCACCAAGGACCUCCUCUCAAUGGAACAAAGAACAUCCACCACCAUGACCAGCUAUCUCAUGUCCAAACAUCCCCACUGCAGCUGGCCGAUUCUCCAUAUGGCCAUGUCAGGGAGAUGCACAUAUCAGAAGCAUACCCUAUCGCAACAGCUCCUGGAAGCAUCGGGAAGGCUAAGAAGCCAAGGAAGAGUAAUUCUCAAGCUUCUCCAUUGAAGAGGCCAUCAGGUGUACUCCGCAAAACCAAGAAAGCAACCGGUGAUUGGAAGAAUGGGGGGAUGACUGGUGUAGCAGGAGAUUCAGCCCGUGCUUCUGUGAUGAAGAAUGAGUGGAAGGACCAAGACCUUGGCCUGAACCAGGUCGUGUUCGACGAGUCAACCAUGCCCGCACCUGCCUGCUCAUGCACAGGGGAGCUCCAUCAGUGCUACAAAUGGGGCAAUGGUGGGUGGCAGUCAUCUUGCUGCACCACAAACAUGUCCAUGUACCCGCUCCCAGUGAUGCCCAACAGGCGCCACGCUCGCAUGGGGGGAAGGAAGAUGAGCGGCGGUGCGUUUACAAAGCUGCUCAGCCGACUGGCAGCAGGAGGCCAUGAUCUCUCGGUUCCGGUGGACCUCAAGGACCACUGGGCCAAGCAUGGCACAAACAGGUACAUCACCAUCCGGUAG